CAUUUUGUGUAUAGAUAAAUAGAUAUAGAAUAGAAUAGAAGAAGCAUUAUAUCUCCUCUCUUUCGCUUCUCUCUCCACCAACGAACACCAUGGCGGAUAAUUCCAAACCCGGUUUAGGAGGCGCCGGAGCGAAGGCGAUCGCCGCCGCCGCCGCAGCCCCCUCGGCGGAAUCCGACCGUCGAGAUCCCGACCUGAGCGCGAUCGAGCCGUCCGAUGGCUUCGUCGCCCUCGACAUCGGCGCCCUCUCCCUCCUCGCCGGCGACGAUCCAAACUCGGCCCCGACUCAACCCUUGGUGAAAUCGUUCUCGCGCAAGGGGUCGCAGCGAAACGGCGGAGGAGGAGACGCGACCUUACCCGGUGAGUUGACUAGCUCGACUCGGUUCGACUCGAAUUCGGGUGGGCCCGGGGAGAAGCCCACGAUCGUGGUACACGUGGCGGGGGAUGGGGGGCAAAACGGUCAUUUCACCGCCGCGCCGACCGCGACGCCACCGGGGGGGAAGUGUCGGCGAAUCGCACGCCGACACUCGCCGUGGCUCGACCCGAGAAGGGUCCUCUUCGUCUUCGCCACACUGUCCAGCAUGGGAACUUUGAUACUGCUCUACUUCACUCUCUCCAUGGGUAAGAUGACCCAAGGUGACUCAGAUGCCUAGUGAUGCAGUGGACAUGCUUGAAUGUGGAUACAAACCAUAAUAUAUAUAAUACCAACCCAAAAAGAAAAAGUUUAACAUUUUCAAAAACUAUUAUUGUUAGUGCUACUAUUAAAGGAGGGGGGGACAAACGAGAAGUUGCAUUACUGGUACAAAAGGGAACCAUGAGAACACUAGAAUAGUUAGGAGGAAAGGGGAAGUAGUGUACUCUCUGAAAGUAGGGAAAAAGGAGAAAAGUUUUUUUUUUUUUUUUUUUUUUUUUUAAUGUGUCAUUUUGUUGUUGAUAGUAAAUUUUCACCUUCUGUUUUUUGUUUCUGAUUUUGCUUUUGUGGUUUCAAUUUGGGCUGUUCUAAGACAAAGUUAUAUGGGUUGUAAGCUUCCCCAUUCUGUUAUUUUGGGUUAGUGAGUGGUAUUGUGAGUUGGCUUGUCCUUCUACUUGCUAUUUUUUUUUUCUCUUUUUUUUUUUUUUGAAGGUGGGGAGUUUCUUUCCUCUUUUGGGGAGUUUUUCAUUUUGUGAAUGGAGAAACUGGCAUUUGAGUAUGAUAAUUGUUACUUGUUAGUUACUUCUUAUAGAGUGAAAUGGGACCAUAUUGUUCCUUGUAAA